AUGGCUACGAACUUCACAGAUUUAAAUGGUAUUGCUAAUGAGAAGUUCACUAUACUUUCGGGUGAUAAUGCUAAGCACAUUGCAGACCCGCUCAACGAAAAAAAAUGCGAGUCAUCGGGAAGUAAUCCACUCGUUACUCCCACAAAUAAUCCAAAUGUUAUUCGAAAUACUUUGGAUUCGAAGAAAUCGUCACCAGAUGAUGAUUUUUAUGACCAACAAAAUAUCGUCAUUGCAACUGAGUUAACCUCAAUCAAUAAAGUCGACACGACUUAUGAUCUCAAGGAUAAAUUUGUCCGUGAUAAGAAUAAUUCAGUCGUUAAAGAAGUUAAUACUUGCGAAAAUUUCGUAUCUCAUCGCGUAUUGAUGUCGAACAGCCCAAAUUCGUCGUCGACUAAUCAAACGACUUUAACUGCGGAUUUGAAUUCUAUUGUUGAUAUUUCUCCAUUAAAUAAAUUAAAGUUCCCAUAUUUCGGGCAAAUUGAUCUACCGGUUAGUAAUGAUCGUUUUACUCCGCCGGAUGAUGAGGGAACACGUUCAAAAUAUGCCGCCGCUUAUUCGGAUCACAGUAGCGACAGACAAGCAAUUUAUUCUUCUGUUGCGUCAGUCAAUGUUGAUGUUAAUUUGGACACUAUUACGCCACCGAUUAGCCCUAAAAACAUGAUGUUGGAUUUGAGGCAAAAACCAAUCACUCUAAAUGAUGACACAUUAAGUAAUCUCGCGAAUCAUUUUCUUCCUCUUGGUGAUAAACACAGUAAAACGGAGUCGUUAAAUGUUGCUCAAGAAAGUGCUGGUGUUCUUUAUUUCCAACCGUAUUCUAGCAAAGAUGACAUGGAGAAUUCAUUUGAUAAGUUUGAAAAAGGAUUACCAAAAUUAGUUGCCGAACAAACAAAAAAAUCAUCUAUUUUCUCGACUCCGUCGAAAUUCGGUAACUCGUGGGGAGGAAUUCCGUCUCGAUGGUUGUUUAUUUCUAACUUACCAAAAGAUAUAGAGAUUUGUUCUCUGAAAGAAAUUAUUCAGGCGCAAGGAGAAGUGCACAAUAUCUUUGUUAAAUUUUUGCGCUCUCAUGGAUUUGUUUACGCUGUCUUCUUUGACAUACGCGACACUAUUAAAGCGCGAAAAAAGCUUCGUGCACAAACUAUUAAAGGAAAAUAUUUGAAUGUCGAGUUUUGUGCUCGUCCAUUCGUAGAAAAUCCUGGGAAAUUGGAUCACGAAGCCUCCCUUAUAAUCAGCAUACUUGGAAAAAGACUGUCCGAGACCGUAAUAAUGAAUGAAUUGGAGAUUUAUGGGGAAAUCCGCUCAUUCACACCAAUUGAGUCGAAAACUUGUCAAAAGUUCAUGGUUGAAUAUUUUGACACGCGAGACGCCCUCGAUGCGAAGGAGAUUAUGGACUGCAAAACAAAAGCGACUAUCAAAGUUGAUUAUUACAACUAUGAUUCGUGUUCUUGGGAAACGGUACUCGAUAUCUUGCGUCAGAAUAGAGAACAACAGGCAGUUCAGGCUGUUACUUUUCAACUUGAAAGUAGUGCUGAUCGCGAAUCCUUAGCACCUAAUCUUUCUAAUGGAGAGCAAAUUUCAAGUAUGAUUAAAUCAGAUAAAAGUGAUUUGGCUAAUACAGUCGGAGAAAAUUUCACAAAAAGUGGAAAUAAGAAGCAAAUGGGUCCUAAUAACAGCACUAUUGUCGUAUCUGGUGAGAAAACAAUUCCUGACAAAAACACGCUUGAUUUGGAAAAAAUCGCGAGUGGCGAAGAUCAACGCACUACUUUCAUGAUAAGAAACAUCCCAAAUAAAUAUACUCAGCGAAUGUUGCUUGAGACUCUCGACGAGACCCAUAAGAGUCAAUACAACUUUUUUUAUUUACGAAUGGACUUUAAAAACCGAUGCAAUGUCGGUUAUGCAUUCAUUAAUUUUGUGAAUGCAUGUGCUGUCUUGUCCUUCGCAAAAUCUCGGGUUGGAAAGAGGUGGAGUAAGUUCAACUCCGAGAAAGUAUGUGAGCUUGCCUACGCUAACAUUCAAGGCAAGAAAGCUUUGGUCGAAAAAUUUCGGAACAGCAGUGUCAUGGAUGAGCUGCCGGAAUACCGCCCAAAAAUUUUCUUCUCUUCUGGUGCGUUGCGCGGCCAGGAACAACCGUUUCCUGAGCCGAACAACCAUCAAAAGAAAAUGAAGUCUUUGGCUGCUCGGAUUGGUACUGCCAGCUCUUUGAGUGACACUACUUGA